AGUUAUAUUCUGAGGUCAGGUGACCCGGAAGUUGCCUUCUUCUUCUCCUACGCCCAGCAACAACAAACAGACCUGUUAGCUGUGUUAGCUCAUUAGCGCUCAGAUUGAAGUUAAAUACGGAUUUAUCCUCACACGUCUAAAAUGGCUGAAGUGGAGGAAACGCUGAAGAGGAUCCAGAGCCAGAAAGGAGUUCAGGGAAUCAUCAUCGUUAAUUCAGAAGGAAUCCCCAUCAAGACGACUCUGGACAACUCCAGCACGGUGCAGUACUCAGGUCUGAUCCACCAGCUGGUGAUGAAGGCCAGAAGCACCAUCCGAGACAUCGACCCCCAGAACGACCUGACGUUCCUCCGAAUCCGGUCCAAGAAGAACGAGAUCAUGAUCGCUCCAGAUAAGGACUAUUUCCUGAUCGUCAUUCAGAACCCCUCUGACUGAAGGACCCAACUCCUUCCUCCUCUUUGUUCGUCCAUUUAUCUUUUAUUUUCUUGUUGCUAAAUCAAAACCUUUCAUUGCGCUUCGCUGCACCGGGAAGUUACUCCAGGGUGAAGGCAGACGAACAUGUUUUAUCAUUCCACUCAAGUCUCUCUGAACGCCUUCAGCUUUGUUUCACUCGGUUCUAUCUCCACGGAGAACUUGUUAUUUAUUGUUUUGAGGUGCAGUAUUUCAGCGGUGAGUGGUGAACCACACUACGACCUACGACGUUUCUGCUAGUUAUUUGUAACGAAUUAAGAAAUUAAAAAAAGUCAAAAAUGGA